AUGAGGUUCCUGGAGAAUCUGGUUUCUCCAGACCGUCUUCUGGCCGGGGACGGCGUUAGCGUUUGCCGGGGCUCAUCGCCGCACCGAAAUCACGCCAGAAGCGGAGGUGAGCGUUGCCUCACGUGGCUAAUGAUCCCGCCGCCCCUCUCGGCUUCUCCGGCAUCCGGAGAGGCGGCAUCGCCCGUGAUUCAGGGGAGGCAGAAGCGAGCGGAGAAAGCGCGGCUGGAGGAGGCGGGAGCCCAGAACGUGACGGUGGAUGAAAUCGUGACGGCUUACAGGCAAGCCUGCCAGAAGCUGAACUGCAAGCAGAUUCCCAAAGUGCUGAAGCAGAUACAGGAAUUCAAAGAUCUGGCUCCCAGGAUAGACUGCUUAGAUCUGAAAGGGGAGAAGCUGGAUUACAAAGCCUGCGAGGCCCUGGAAGAAAUUUUCAAGCGGGUCCAGUUCAAAAUCGUCGAUUUGGAGCAAACGAGCUUGGAUGAAGACGUAAGUGGCCGCGACCUCUCUCUCCUGGCUCCGCGUUCCUUUUUCGCAGCUGACGUAAACCUCACGGCCACGGCUCUGAAGAUGAACAUGAACCUGCGGGAGCUGUACCUGGCCGAUAACAAGCUCAACGGGCUGCAGGACUCGGCUCAGCUCGGCAACCUGCUGAAAUUCAACUGCUACAUCCAAAUUCUCGACCUGAGGAACAACCACAUCCUGGACUCGGGAGGGGAGGAACUGGGCUGCGGGGCGGCGGAGCUCGGGGGCGGCCCUGAGCUGAGCCGGUGCAGAGGGAUCGCGCGGUGCGGUUUCAACGUUGCCAAAAGGAUUUCGGCGGGUCCCGGCUGGUUCUGCUUCGGCGAUGCCGAUUACUCAGCCCAGCGCCACGGUUUGGCGGAGGAGCUGCCUUUGUUGGGCACGAGCUAUCCCGCCUGCCUUCGGGUUGGGUAUAAAGGUAACCGAGCCGUGACGUUGAUCGCCGAGAGCCCGCGGCUGCUUCGCCUGGACCUGCGGGAGAACGAGAUCAAAACGGGCGGCCUCAUGGCGUUGUCGCUGGCGCUGAAGGUCAACCACUCGCUGCUGCGUCUCGACUUGGACAGAGAGCCCAAAAAGGAGUCGGUAAAAAGUUUUAUCGAAACCCAGAAGGCUCUCCUGGCCGAGAUCCAGAACGGCUGCAAGCGCAACUUCAUCCUGGCCAAGGAGAAGGAGGAGAAGGAGCAGAAGCUGCAGCAGUCGGCUUCGAUGCCGGAGAUCACCGUGACGGAGGCUCUGGAGGAGGGUCCGGCAGAGGACGGUCAAGACGGCAGCGCCGCCUCCGCGGCGGAAGAAGGGGAAGAAGCCGGCGAGACCCCGACGGCCUCGGAGAACGGGAACGCGGAGCCGGUGGAGGACGACGAUGACGACAGAGGUGAUGUGACGGACUCCGAUUCGGACACGGACGAGGAGGCGGACGUUGGGAUAGAGACGAAGGACUUGAGCGAAGAGCCGAAAGGCCCCAUCUCCGCCGACGGCACAACCGCGCCCCAACCGCUGCUGUCCCCGGAGAAGCCGAGGGACCGACCGCCCCCCUUGCGCAUCGCCGAGGAAUCGCAGCACGAUGCCGGCGCGGGGACUCCUUCCGCCUCUCCGUCCUCCGCACCCUCCCCGGGAAACGAGAGAAGGAUUUCGUAUAUAUUUAUCAGCGGCUGCAAAGUUACUGGGUUGGGGAUUUAG